AUGUCUUUUGAAGAUGAAGAGCCCAUAAGCCUCUCGAGUCACGCCUUGGCCGCGCUGGCCGAGUUCCACGCCGAAAAGGACGCACACGAAAAGACAUUUGAGAAGUUGAGGACCGGCGCCGCUCCGAGAGCUGGAGCUGGACUCGGCGUCGUCGAACCGGAAGACGAGGACCCUGUAGCGGAGGAUGCGGACGAUCAACCGCUGAGCAUGGCGGCCUUUACGGAGGAUUGGAACGAAUCGCAGUUUUGGUUUCUCGACGAAACAGCCUUUGCUCUGGCCGAUCAACUCCUCGAUGGUGCAUCGUCAAGCUCGACUAUUGGCGUAGUCUCGACACCGAGCGUGUUCAUUGCGCUCAAGAACCGUCUUAGAUUCUGGCCUAUUGAAGACCGGCCUAAGCUGGUCUUAUUCGAACAUGACCACCGUUUCAGCGUCUUUCCCGAGUUUGUCUUUUAUGACUUCCAGCGACCUCUCCAACUUCCAGCCCAUCUGAAGGGCAGCUUGGACAAUAUUAUCAUUGACCCUCCAUUCUUCAGCAAUGACUGCCAGACAAAGUUUGCUCUAACAGGCCGUUGGCUCGUCAAGCCAAAGUCGCCUCGUGUGAUUGUCUGCACGGGAGAACGAAUGGCUACCAUUGUCGACAAGCUCUACCGUUCUCUUGGAGUCUAUGCGACAACAUUCGAGCCCGCUCACGCGGGUUUAAGUAACCACUAUUACUGCUACGCCAAUUUUGAGAGUUCAACUUGGGACUGGCGAUCUGAUGUAUCAGAUUGA